AACAUUAAAUUAGGGAGAGGAUAUAGGUGUAUUACGCUGCUACAAUUUCGACUACAACAUAGAGAUCCCGCUUUUCUCUCAACUUACAUUCUCGACUCUUAUUCGCUUCACUUUAAUCCAUCGAUUACAACUAAUCUCUUGGCAUACAUCUCGGCCCAAUUGUAGUACAUGUUGUAGGUCUUGUUACGCAAGGUUCAAAUAACGAGGAUGUAGCCAGCCGUACAACAUAUAAUCAUUGAUUAUUUCCUCUCGUCCUAAGAGCUUCCUCGACUCAAAUAAUUCUUAAAGUGCUACUCACAAAGAUGUCGUUCGGAUACGGUGUUGGCGACGUUAUCGCCUUGCUAGGCCUCUUCGAGCGUAUUGCCAUCGAGCUGCGAAAUUAUAAGGACGCCCCAAUGCAUUUCCAGCAACUCCGUGCCGAGCUAGAUCUACUGCGGGGUACCCUGAAACGUGCCCUGUCCCUAGAGCCAGAGUCUGAUGCGGAGCGCGAAACUUUGGAGCAGAUCAGAGCCAUCGUCAUCUACUGUGCUCAACCGUUACAGUCCAUGGCUGACAAGAUGAGAAGCAAAGAAAGCAGUCUGGGCCAUUUCAAAACCACAAGGAGCCUAAGGAGCGUCGGUACAAGACUCCACUGGUCUAUGGUCGGUAUAGAUGAUGUCCAGGAACUAAGAAAGACUGUCAUGUCUCAGAUGGCUGCUCUAAGUGUCCUGCUCAGUGUGCAGCACCAGACCAGCAUCAGGCGUCUCGCAUUGCAAUCACAUGCAGUCGGGGCUACCCAGUCCCUGAUGAUCGAGAAACACGCGAAUGCCAUGGCUGGCCACGCGUCGAACAUCUUAAGCAUUACUUCUAGAACGCAAAGCGCAAUCGAUAAUCUGGUAGUGAGUACAGGUAUGCAAGCAGAAAUGCAUACAAAGCAGACAAACGAAAUAAACGAGAGCUUGAAGGCUAUGGAGCGAAAUAUGCAUCAUAUGACGUUGAAGAGUGAACAGAGUACAGCUGUUGUCAAUCAUCAGACUACUCUCAUCACUCGCCAUGCUAACACUUUGUAUCAAUUGAUGCAAGAUAUCAAGCGGCUAUUCUUCUUUCUUGCGAGGUGUUCCAGAGAAAUGCUAGAGGCAAUUAGCAAAAACACGUACCUUGGCCUUACUGGAUAGCUAUGCUAUGCCACUGACAAAAUACUAGGCGUAUGCUGCUAGAUAUUCGUGUGCAGCUAAAACACAUAAUUAGCGCCAUCGAAGCUAUGCCACUUCAUCUCACGCUUGACAUCGUUCGGCUAGACGAUGUACACGGGGAGAGUUGGGCGCUGCCACUGCAGGCUUGUAGAACUUGGGAAUCGUUUAAGGAGAUCCUCCAGUUCGUUGUGUAUCCCAACGAGAGACCCGGAGCAAGAUACAUUACAAAUAACCUCUUUACGGUGGCACAAGCAAAAACUGGCAAAGAGGUGAAUCAAGAAACAUGAGAAACCUUGAUUAAACCAGGGUUUCAUCUCGAGCAGGCUGUUAUUUUGAAAAUGAAUUACUGGGUCGAGAGAUGCCUGGAUCCAAACUGUAACG